AUGUCGACCACACGCGGGCUACCAGAGUUCAGCCUAGCCGGCAAGGUCAUACUGGUGUCAGGUGGUGCGCGAGGCCUUGGACUUACACAGGCCGAAGCAUUGUUAGAAGCUGGUGCACGAGUCUAUGCACUUGAUAGGCUUCCCGAGCCAUCCCCAGACUUUGGUCCGAUCGCAGAACGAGCAAAGAAGGAUCUCGGAACAUCGCUUGAGUACCGUCAGAUAGACGUGCGGGAUGUAAAGAAGCUGAAUGAGAUCGUCGAUGACAUUGCGAACAAGGAGGGAAGGCUAGACGGGCUAAUCGCGGCGGCCGGUAUCCAACAGGAGACGCCUGCAUUGGAGUAUACCGCUGAGGAUGCGAAUCGGAUGUUUGAGGUGAACAUCACUGGAUCUAUGAUGACCGCGCAAGCCGCUGCGAAGCAAAUGAUCAAGUUUGGCAACGGCGGAAGUAUCGUGCUUAUUGCUAGCAUGUCUGGCACCGUGGCGAACAGGGGUCUUAUAUGCUCGGCAUACAAUGCUUCGAAAGCAGGUGUGUUGCAGCUCGCUCGCAACCUCGCAUCGGAAUGGGGUGAGCACAAGAUUCGUGUCAACACAAUCUCGCCGGGUUAUAUCGUGACGGCCAUGGUAGAGGAGCUUUUCAAGCAGUAUCCUGAGCGAAGGGAAACAUGGCCGACGCAGAAUAUGUUGGGCCGCUUGUCCAAGCCAGAGGAAUACCGUGGUGCCGCAGUUUUCCUUCUCAGCGAUGCGAGCUCAUUCAUGACUGGGUCAGAUCUGAGGAUAGACGGUGGCCAUUCGGCGUGGUAG